AUGGCGGCUCCCAGGCCCACGUGGAGCCUGUUGUCCCUGUCCCGAGAGCCGGAGCCGGGGCCCUGGCGGGUCGGCCGGGCAGAACCUCCUGCGGCCCCUCCCGGAGGGCCACCCAGGCCAGAACCGGAGGACCGAGAGGCAGAGGCACUACCGGUCCCCCUGCCCAAUGAAAAUAAUUCCCAGGGGCCGGCUGGGCGCACUCGCGGACGCACUCAGCGCGACCCAGGGUUCCGCCAUCCUGAUUCCACCAUAGCCCUACCCCUGCGAGAAAUAGGCCCUCCCGAUGAGACAGGGAACCCCCGACUCCAGUAUUGGCCAUUCUCUACCAGUGACCUAUAUAAUUGGAAAACCCAGAAUGCCCGUUUUUCUGAUAAUCCUAAAGACUUGAUAGCUCUUCUAGAUAGCGUUAUGUUCACUCAUCAGCCCACCUGGGAUGACUGCCAACAGCUCCUCCGGAUCCUAUUCACUACCGAAGAACGGGAGCGAAUCCAGCUGGAGGCGAGAAAACUGGUUCCUGGAGAUAAUGGUCAACCCACCGCUAACCCUGACCUCAUCAAUGCAGCUUUUCCCUUAACUCGCCCCCCGCAGGAUGAAUGGGACUAUAACACCGGAGAAGGUAGGGGACGACUGCUCAUUUAUCGCCAGACUCUAAUGGCGGGUCUCCGGGCUGCCGCGCGCAAGCCCACUAAUUUGGCCAAGGUAUAUUCAAUUGUACAAGGUAAAACAGAAAGUCCCUCCUCUUAUAUAGAAAGAUUAAUGGAAGCCUUUAGGCAGUAUACCCCUAUGGAUCCAGAGGCCCCCGAAAAUCAGGCCGCCAUUGUAAUGUCCUUCGUUAACCAGGCAACCCCUGAUAUUAAAAAGAAACUCCAGAAGUUAGAAGAUCUGGAGGGCAAACAGAUACAGGACUUACUCCGUAUCGCCCAGCGCGUCUUUAAUAACCGGGACGCCCCAGAGGAUAAACAACUUAAAGCCACUGAGAAAAUGACUAAAGUCUUGGCGGCCAUUGUUCAGAAAGAUCAAGAGGGCCCCCCAGCCACUCGACCUCCCAGGCGACCAUUGGACAGAGAUCAAUGUGCCUAUUGCAAGGAAAAGGGCCACUGGGCUCGGGAAUGCCCCAAGAAAAGACAGCCGCGCCCCAACCAGGGGCAAUGGCAACCGAACGCCACCCCAGUCCUGUUUACACAUGAUACAAAGUAGGGGGGACGGGGUUCGGACCCCCUCCCCGAACCCAGGGUAACCCUACGAGUGGAGGGGAAACCAGUCCAAUUCCUGGUGGAUACAGGGGCACAGCAUUCGGUCUUGGUUAAGCCCCACGGGAAAAUUUCUAACAAAUCCUCCUGGGUCCAGGGAGCUACGGGAGUCAAACGUUACCUUUGGACCACUCAGAGAACUGUGGACUUGGGCACGGGAAGGGUAACCCAUACCUUUCUGGUCAUUCCCGAUAGCCCUUGCCCCUUACUGGGGAGAGACUUACUCACUAAAAUGGGAGCACAAAUUCAUUUUCGGCCAGAGGGGCCAAUCGUAACAGACCCUCACGACCAACCCAUAUCUGUGCUCACCCUGAACUUGGAAGAUGAGUACCGACUUCACCAGGAACCACCCUCCCAAAAUCAAGAUAUAGAGUCAUGGCUUCAGCAGUUCCCCGAAGCAUGGGCAGAAACAGGGGGGGUGGGACUAGCCAAACACCGCCCAGCCCUAUUCAUAGAGAUCAAACCGGGGGCAGAUCCUGCACGUGUCCGACAGUAUCCCAUGCCCCUAGAGGCCAAGACUGGUAUCACUCCUCAUAUUCGCCGGCUUCUUGACCUGGGGAUACUGCGUCCCUGCCAGUCGGCCUGGAAUACACCCCUGCUGCCAGUCCGCAAACCUAACAGUAAAGACUACCGCCCAGUGCAGGACCUGAGGGAAGUCAACAGACGGGUCAUAGACAUCCAUCCUACUGUGCCCAAUCCAUAUACUCUUUUGAGCGCCCUUAGUCCAGAAAAACAAUGGUAUACUGUGCUGGACCUCAAAGAUGCCUUUUUUAGUUUACCCUUGGCGCCCAAAAGUCAAGAACUCUUUGCCUUCGAAUGGUCAGAUCCCGAGAGAGGUAUAAACGGACAACUCACCUGGACCAGACUUCCCCAAGGAUUCAAAAACUCGCCUACCUUGUUUGAUGAGGCCCUACACGAGGAUCUCAGUGAGUACCGGAGACAAAACCCCAAUGUAACCCUCCUGCAGUAUGUUGAUGAUCUCUUAAUAGCUGCUGAGACCGCUGAAGCCUGCCUGCAGGGAACCAGAAACCUCCUACGGACUCUCGGCACCCUGGGAUACCGAGCCUCUGCCAAGAAAGCACAGAUCUGCAGGCCUGAGGUAACUUACCUGGGAUACCUAUUGAAAGGGGGGCAACGAUGGCUCACAGAUGCACGGAAGGAAACCAUCCUCCACAUCCCCAGGCCCACCACGCCUCGACAGGUGAGGGAAUUUUUGGGGUCGGCUGGGUUCUGCCGUUUAUGGAUACCCAAAUUUGCUGAAAUGGCCAAACCGCUAUACCUAGCCACCAAAGAGCAGACGCCCUUUGAAUGGACAGAAGAGGCUGAGCAGUCAUUUCAGCAGAUCAAAACUGCCUUGCUAUCCGCACCCGCCCUGGGUCUCCCUGAUGUCUCCAAGCCCUUCCACCUCUUUGUAGAUGAAAGCAAAGGCAUAGCUAAGGCCGUGUUGACCCAGCCCCUCGGUCCUUGGCCCAGGCCUGUUGCUUACCUAUCAAAAAAAUUGGACCCAGUGGCUGCCGGCUGGCCUCCUUGCCUCCGGAUGAUCACCGCCACGGCCCUAAUGGUAAAGGAUGCUGACAAACUAUGGGGCAGGAGUUACAUGUCACCACCCCCCACGCCAUCGAUGGGGUUCUCAAACAGCCUCCCGACCGAUGGAUGA